AUGAACAAGACAUCUCCCCAGUCGAUCCGGACGGAUUCGCGUGCCAUUGGCAAAUCGUACAUAGAUGGCAUCCCCAACUUCACCCCUUUGUCAUGGUAUGCAUUCGCCUUGUAUACCUGCCAGAUAUACCACGUACUCAGGUGGAUUCGUGUCAGGUCCAUGAAGGAUAUUCGAGAGGUCAUACCCUCGCACCUCUUGGUCCGGAAUACCUGCAGAGGAUUGUCAGUUCUCGGACGGGACAUACUUGUAGCUUGCAGUAUUUUUCUGUGCACGCUUCACAUUGGCAGAUACCUGGACACUCUGGUGGCUUCGACGACUAUGGGCUUGGCGCUUCUCUAUAGCUUUCGAGCACUUUUGUGGUGCACGUACUGGAUUUUACAAGGCUUCGCUUUAACUGGAAUCUGGGUCAUCGGCCACGAGUGCGGGCAUGGCGCAUUUUCCGCCCACGGCUGGUUAUGCGACAUCCUUGGAUACGCCUGCCAUACAUUUCUUUUGACACCAUACUUCAGCUGGAAGAUAUCCCACCAUCGACAUCACAUGAAGCACGCUUCCAUAGAGUACGACGAGCCGUACAUCCCGAAGACUAGGAGCGACCUUGGAAUCCCCGCUGAGGAUGAAGACGAGAUCGAUUACGAGGAUUACUUCGGCGAUACCCCGAUCUACACACUCUUCAUGCUUAUUCGUCAACAAAUACUCGCAUUUCCCGCGUAUCUUGUUUCCAAUGUGUCUGGACAGGCGCGCUAUCCAAAGUGGACAAACCAUUACAAUCCCGACAGCGUACUCUUCACGCGCGAACAGCGCUCCGCCGUUUUGAUGUCCAACCUGGGCAUUCUUUUUAUGGGAUUCACUCUGAAAUGGGGGUGCUCUCGAUGGGGUACAUCGACCGUUGUUCAAUACUACGCUAUGCCUUGGAUUUGCGUCAAUCACUGGUUUGUCAUGAUCACAUACCUACAGCAUACCGAUCCAGCCCUACCGCACUACCGCUCCGGGCAAUGGAACUUUCAACGUGGCGCCGCUGCGACCAUGGACCGAGAGUUCCUCGGGUUCAUCGGUCAUUUUUUCCUUCACGAUGUCGCGCAUUUUCACGUCAUACAUCAUUUUUUCCCCAAGAUGCCAUUUUAUCACGCUCAGGAGGCAACGCAUCACCUGCAAAGACUGCUCGGGGAACACUACCAUCGCUCGAGAAAACCGGUCUUCCAGGCACUUUGGGAUAAUUACAACAAUUGUCAGUUUGUCGAAGACAAAGGUCAGUCGUGUUAA